AUGGGCUCUUUAUGAGUCACGUGACACAUUUAUAAUCAUAGACAAGUCGCCUUUUUUACCUCUCCACGCCCGGCGGCAGCUUGUGCCCUUACUGAUAUUUAUUUUGUAAUUUAAAGUUAAUUACUGAAAAAUGGACACAAGAAAGCUGACAGAAAUUUUGCGUGGAACAAUCGAUCCUGUUCAGAGACAGGCGGCAGAAGAACAGCUUUCUCAGAUUCACAAAAUUAUCGGAUUUGCACCUUCAUUAUUGCAAGUUGUUAUGCAAAAUGAUGUUCCAAUACCAGUCAGACAAGCAGGGGCAGUAUAUCUAAAGAAUCUAGUUAGUUCAGGAUGGCAGGAGAAGGAAGCAGAGGAUGGUGAACCUAUCCCAUUUAACAUCCACGAGCAAGACCGCUGCAUGGUCAGAGAUAUUAUUGUAGAUGCUAUUAUACAGGCGCCAGAUAUAAUAAGAGUUCAGUUGUGUGUCUGUCUUAAAACAAUCAUCAAACAUGACUUCCCUGCUCGCUGGACUCAGAUUGUGGACAAGGUCAGCAUAUACUUACAAAGUCCCGAACCAAACACAUGGAUGGGGGCACUUCUGUCUUUAUAUCAGCUAAUAAAAAAUUAUGAGUACUGCAUUGCUGAGAAGAGGAUUCCACUAAAUGAGGCAAUGAAUCUGCUUCUACCUAUGAUGUACAACUUGAUUGUGAAUCUCCAAGCCGAUCCUUCUGCGGAAUCUGUCCUGAUACAGAAGCAAAUACUCAAAUGUUUCUAUGGCCUAAUAAAGUACAUUUUACCUCUAGACCUAAUUACAAAGGAUAUAUUUACCAAGUGGAUGGAGGUGUUGCGUGUUGUAAUGGAACAACCUGUACCAGAAACUACACUACAGGUGGAUGAGGAUGAGCGUAUGGAACUUCCAUGGUGGAAGUGCAAAAAGUGGGCAGUGCACACCCUAUACAGAUUGUUUGAACGGUAUGGCAGUCCAGUAAAUGCCCGUGAAGAGUAUGCACAAUUCGCUGAGUGGUACCUUACAACCUUCACUGGUGGCAUCUUGGAAGUCCUUCUGAGAGUAUUGGACCAGUACAGAAACAAGGUGUACAUUUCACCAAGAGUUCUUCAACAGACCAUCAGCUACAUUGACCAAUGUGUGACCCAUGCACAUUCUUGGAAGCUCUUGAAGCCUCACAUGUUUGCCAUUAUACAAGAUGUACUUUUCCCGCUCAUGUCAUAUUCCGAGGCUGAUGAAGAACUGUGGGAAAGUGAUCCCCAUGAAUACAUAAGAAUUAAAUUUGAUAUAUUUGAAGACUUCGUGUCGCCUGUCACUGCUGCUCAAACUUUACUGACUUCUUGCUGCAAAAAGCGCAAAGAUAUGCUAGGACGCACUAUGCAUCUGUGUAUGCAAGUGCUGACCAAUCAAAAUGGCGAGUAUGGGCCCCGACAGCGUGAUGGUGCGUUGCACAUGGUUGGCACUCUCAAUGAUAUCCUCAUCAAAAAGAAGAUGUAUAAGGACGAAAUUGACUCUCUCCUGAGCCAGUAUGUUUUUCCCGAGUUCCUCAGUCCUCUUGGCUACAUGCGUGCCAGAGCUUGCUGGGUACUGCAUAGUUUUGGUAAUAUUCGGUUUAAGAAUGAUCAGUUGCUUCUAGAGGCCAUCCGAUUAAUUGUUACGGCUCUUCUCAACGACCACGAAUUACCCGUGAGGGUUGAAGCAGCGGUUGCUAUUCAGAUGCUACUGAGUUCGCAAGAGAAAGCCCACAAAUACUUAGAGCCUCAGGUGAAGGCAGUGACAACUGAGUUACUGAAGCUUAUUCGGGAGACUGAGAAUGAUAACAUAGCUAUUGUGUUGCAAAAGAUUGUACCUCUGUACACUGAGCAGUUAAUCGACAUGGCCUACGAGAUCACCGAGCAUUUGGCGACAACAUUUAGCAAAGUAAUUGAGACGGACCUAGGUACCGAUGAGAAAGCUAUCACUGCCAUGGGCCUACUUAACACCAUGGAGACAGUCCUCACUGUAAUGGAAGACAAUCCAGAAAUUAUGGCUCAGCUGGAGAAAACAGUGCUUCGUGUAGUUGGACACAUACUGCAUCACAACAUUAUGGAAUAUUAUGAAGAGGCUAUGACUCUGCUCUGCAACUUAACGUCUCGGACCAUAUCAGAGGACAUGUGGAAGGUUCUAGAGAUGCUCUACCAAGUUUUUGAGAAAGAAGGAUUCGAUUACUUCACUGAUAUGAUGCCAGUGCUGCAUAAUUACAUCACCGUCGAUACAAACGCCUUCUUGUCUAAUGAGAACCAUAUCCUCGCGAUGUUCAAUAUGGCUAAAGCAGUGCUGAACUCAGAUUCUGAAGAUGAGUCAGAAAUAUAUGCGGCCAAACUGUUGGAAGUAAUGGUUCUGCAAUGUUCUGGCAAGAUUGACAACUGCCUGCCCUCCUUUGUGGAGUUGGUGCUUAACCGCUUGACGCGGAAAGUUAACACUUCUGAGCUUAGGACCAUGCUGCUUCAGGUCCUCAUUGCCAUAUUGUACUGCAACCCCCAGCUCUUAUUCACAAUAUUAGACAAGCUGCAGGAGUCUGUGCCCAACGCAUCUAUCACACAGCAUUUCCUGAAGCAAUGGAUCCAUGACACAGAUUGCUUCAUGGGAUUACACGACAGGAAGCUGUGCGUCCUCGGAAUUUGCACCCUCUUAGAAAUGGGUCCCCAAAGGCCUAACCUUGACGAAAUCAUGCCUAAGCUCUUGCCAUCAUGCUUGGUGCUUUUCGACGGGCUAAAGCGUGCCUACGAGAUCAGGGCGGAGGCUGAUGAGGAGACAUCUUCUGAAGAGGAUGACGAAGAGGAAGACGAAGAAGUAUUGUCGAGUGACGAAGAUGAUCUCGAUGAAAUGAACAACGAGUAUCUUGAGAACCUUGCCCGCAUGGCUCUGAAGACCAGCGAGCGACAAGGCGUCACUAUGACCGCCAACGUCGAAGAAUAUGAAGAGAGUGACGAUGACGACGAUGAUUAUGAGCCAGAGGACACCGCCAUAGAGUGCUACACAACUCCUCUCGACGAGAAGGAUUGCGUCAUUGAUGAAUACAUUAAAUUCAAAACUACAUUGCACACUCUCUCAAAUACCGAGCCAGCCCUGUACCACGCCCUCACGAGCGGACUCGACGAGGCGCAACAGAAGCAGCUCAACGCUGUCUUCGUAUUAGCAGACCAGCGCAAGGCGCAGCAGGACAGCAAACGCAUAGAGCAAAGUGGAGGCUAUAUGUUCACCGUACCUGCACAGGUGCCAACCAAAUUCAAAUUCGGAUCAUAAAUCUAACGUAGCAAACAUUACUCGUAAACAUUCAUCACACUUGUUGAAUAUAUCCUCCAAUUUGCCGCUUACGCUAUAAUUAAUACAAAUAAGUUUAUCAGCUCUAAAUUGUUCGUACGAUUUAGCAUUGCAGUUAGAGCACUGAAGCCGCUUUGCACUCCGACGGCAAUGUAAACUGUUCUUAGCCCACAUGCGUAGGCGGCUAGCAAAGGCUUAAAUUCCUAAUGAGGCUGUAGGCUAGUCUGCCCUCGAUUCAAGCCCGCGACAACAUGGGACAGGAGCAUAUAUUGCAAGUGUGCUUGUCUUCGAACAUAUAUGUAUACACAAAUGUGACACAUACAAAAUAAUACGUUUUAAAUACUUACAAAGUGAAUAUUUGUGACAAAGGAUUACUGUCAAUUUAGGCGACCUGCUAUUUAUUAUGUUUAUCACUUUGUACAUAUUUAAUAUGUAUCGUUACUUUACUGAUAUUGUGCUUCAUACAUUAUAUAUUAUCUAUAAAUAAUGUUAAUUUGUAAUAUGUAAUUAUAAAUGAACAUUUUUAACCAUUUAUUUUGUUUUGAUUCCAAAUAAUAUGGCUUUUAGUUGGCAAUUUAUUCUUGAUAGAGUUAGUUAAUUGAAUGAAUAUAUUUAUUAAUAUUGUGACGACAAAGACGAUAAGGUAAUUAGAGAAAAUUCAAUCGAUUUCCUUAAUUCAUUAUGACACUACUUCACAAUUUUACAUGUUAGUGCCAACGAAAUAUUAUUGUAGUCUAAUUUUGAAAUGUAAUACCUAUUGCACGGACAAGUUGUGUUGCUUAUAGGUCGUUAUCGAAUUGCAAUUGAAUAUGUGUUAUGAAGUAACAAUAUCAGUGUAUAAUUAAAAGUGGAGAAAACCUUCAGGUAAUAUAAUGCAACUAUGUCUCGACUUAAGAGGCUAAACACACUGUUUACUCUAGAUUUAUUAACAUAUAAUGAUGGUAUAUUCGGGAAUUAGAUGUUACAGUUUAACUCUGUCUGUUUGUAGUUAGAUGGGUUCCGUAUUUUAUUAUAGUUCAAUUCAUAAUAUAUCAAUGUUUGAAAUCAUGUUUGUUUAGCGAAAUAUAAUUAAUGUUAGUGGUAAUACGUAAACAUGUCUUAUUCAAUAGUCAAUAGUAUGUAGGUAGUUUUUCUUGAAUAGGAACUGAUAGUAACAAUCAAAUUUUAAGUACAUAUCAUAACAUGUUGCUUCCGUCGUUUAAUUAGGACGAACACACUCUGCAGACCUUCCAUCAACGUAGUUAGAAUGUACGGAACCCCUGCAGGUUACAUUAGCAUUAAACCAAACUUACCUAAAUCGAAAGUUUCGGCCUUAAUGAAAUUAUAAUGAUUCGGGCCCUAAAGUAAACAUGUGUUACAGUACUAUAUCAACAAGAUGUGUCUAUCAUUUGAUCACGAAAUGUUUUAGAGUAAAAUUAUUUUGUACUCUACUGCCGAACGAAAUAAAUCAAAGUAAGUUAUUGAUUCCAAUACUUGGUUAGUAAGAAAACGUUGUAACUAUAUUUUUAUGUAGUUCUCAAAUUUAUAAUAUCUGCAACUGAUGAGAUGUCUACAUUAUUUGUUACAAGGAAAUUCUAAAACUUAGGAUACAAUUGUUACUGUUACAUUGUUUUCUCACUAGCUGCCUUUUUCUAUUUUUGUUUUUUUUUUCACAAUUAGUUUAAAAUACAGAUUAUUAUAAUGUUUUAUGCAUAAAGGAUAUGCAUCAAUUAAACUGGCAGUUAUAGUUCGAACGCAAUUGUAUUAAGUUUUAAAAAUUUAUUAUGUAGUUGUCAAAACUUUGUUAUUUCUGUUUACAAUUGGAUGGAAAGAUUAUUUACUCGAGUAUAAACAGACACGGUAACUGAUUAGGGUUGUGUAUAUUAGAAUGAUGUAAUUGUACACAAUAGUUAUCACUUAUUUAUUGCCAUCAUUGGAGUAGAUUCGUUAGUAUGAAGUGACUGUCUCGUAUAUUUGUUAUGAUAAUCUCAACACUGAUUGUAUUCAGAAAUUUUGUUAUUGUGCUUAUAUACUUUUCGACAACUGUUGAUAUAAUUGUUAUGACCAUCACAAUCUUUGGAAUAGUGCUCUGCUUUUAAGAAUUUAGUGGAAUAUGUGUAUGACAAAGUUUAUCUGUUAGACUUAUAUUAAGGUUAAUCUAUAAAUAUGUGAAUUCAGAUUCUGACGUUAAUUUACAAGACACAAAUAGUUUGUUACCUUUUAAAUUUGUUAUGUAAUGAUUGAAUUGAUGAACUUUGACGUCAUGUUAACGUGGCGAAAAGGGAUGUACUAGUGCAUGAGAUGAGGACUUGUUACUGUUUUCUUCUGGCGUGAGGUGCGAUAAGACUGUUUUGGCGAUACUUGUUAUUACGUUGCUGGAGUGAAUCGUUGACUGACCUGCCGCAAUCACCGACCGCAGUUCCGCCUACCAGGCCUCGAAAUCGUCUUACAUAGUGGUGUGGUUUAUAAGUGACUGGUUAGAGAUUAGCAUGUAAGGCACACGGGAAGACUACAGAUUGGGCCAAGCUCGUAUAUUUUUUAUGUAAUUAGUCUUAACAAUUUCAAAUUGGCAAAUUGAUCAAAAUUAUAGAAAAAUCGCGCUUGUUUCUUUUGACUGCUUAUAUUAUUUUCACAUAGCUAGCAAUUACAAUCAAAAGUUAAUAUGUAAUAGUGUCGAUCUCAUAAACAAUAUAUACUCAUAGUUUUCUCUCAAGUAUGUACUAGAAAAAUAGCAAAAUCCGUUUUAGAAUUACAAUAUGACAUUUGUUGAAUCUUAAACAAGAUAGCUGCAGCUGCGUAAUGCAUUUGUUUUUGAUUGAUGUUGGUGUUUAUUCUAUGUGACGGAAUGUAAUGUAUUCUAUGCAAUAAAAUACUACAUGUUAUUGUAGUGGCACAUUUCACGGUUGUUACUUUCCUAAACAGUCGGUUGCAG